UGACCCGCUCUGUACCCUCUUGCCCUAUAUAUCUGACCCACAACCGAUUUGGUCGUCAUUCACUAACUGCGGAGGGAUCAUUCGUUCGUGACUCGCCGGAGCUAAUUCUCCCCAGCUAAUCUCCGUCUUCCGGCCACCGUAUCUACCCCGCAACCAUGACGACAUCGAGGCGCCUCGCAGAUAGGAAGGUGGAGAGGUUCGAGAAGAACAUCACCAAGAGAGGGACCGUGCCCGAAACAACUGUUAAGAAGGGAAAGGAUUACCCUGUCGGUCCUAUCCUUCUCGGGUUCUUCAUAUUCGUAGUCAUCGGGUCAUCACUCUUCCAGAUAAUCAGGACUGCCACAACCGGAGGCAUGGCGUAAAUCAACCAUGAGAGGUGGCAUCGGGCAGUUUUUCGUUUGGGUCGUUGAUUGUUUUGUUAGGUCCUAGAGACACAGUUACUUGUACUGUUAUGUGAACAGCUCCAGAUCUUACACCAUAUAUAGACCGUGUAUUUGUUUCUGGUAUCUCCUCUUCUCUCCCCUUUCUUCUUCCUUAACUACAAAGUUUUCGGUAUCUCCAGCAACGUCUGAAGACUCGAAUUCUGAUUUCAUUCCAUUUCAGCAA